AUGGACCAACCAGUUCAGAGGCAGUGCAGUCAGUAGUCCUCAAAUUCCCAUACACUCGGCAUCCUCUUUCUGCUUGCUUGUGUUCUUGUUUGUAUCUAUCUAUCUAUCUAUCCCACCUACCCUUUCAUUUCACCAACAUAUACAAUUCCCAUCUCAAACCUAAUUCAACAUUAUGGAAUCUUGGUCUCCUUCUUUAGAUGUUCAUCAAGAAUUUGCCAAACUUGUUAACCGUAUGCAUCCCCCCAGGGUUACUGUUGAUAACAUCACAUACAGAAAAGUCACUUUAAUUAAGGUUGACAGUGCCAACAAAAGAGGAAGUUUGUUAGAAGUUGUUCAGGUUUUAACUGAUCUCAACAUACAAAUUAAAAGAGCUUACAUUUCUUCAGAUGGGGAAUGGUUUAUGGAUGUAUUUCAUGUCACUGAUCAGUAUGGCAACAAGCUCUCCGAGGAUAAUGUCGCUGACCGUAUCCAACAGUCACUUGGACCUAGAGGUUGCAGUUUCAGAUCAUUAAGGGGUUCAGUUGGGGUCCAGUCAGCUAUGCAACACACAACGAUCGAGUUAACCGGGCGUGACCGGCCCGGUUUACUAUCCGAGGUUUUCGCAGUCCUCGCGAACCUCAAAUGCAAUGUUGUGUCUGCCGAAAUCUGGACUCAUAACUCAAGAAUUGCUUCAAUUGUUUAUAUAACCGACGAUGAAACCGGACUCCCAAUAGAAGACCCUGAUCGACUCGCCAAGAUCAAACAUCUUCUCCUUUUUAUUCUCAAAGGGGGUAGAGAUCGACGCAGGGCUCAAACCGCAGUCUCCAGGGGAUUUACGCAUACGCAAAGGAGACUGCAUCAGUUGAUGUAUGCAGAUCGGGAUUAUGAUACCGGAGAAUAUAAUCGGUUGGAGAAUUCCAGAAGCGUAAAACCGUUAGUGACGGUUGAGAAUUGCAGUGAGAAAGGGUAUACCGUUGUGAAUUUGCGGUGUCCCGAUCGGCCUAAGUUGUUGUUUGAUACAGUUUGUACACUUACUGAUAUGCAAUAUGUGGUAUAUCAUGCCACUAUUAUUGCUGAAGGAGUUGAAGCUUCUCAGGAAUUUUACAUCCGUCAUACAGACGGAUGUCCAAUCAGCUCAGAAGCCGAGAGGGAACGUGUAAUCCGUUGCCUUGAGGCAGCGAUCAAGAGGCAAGUUCCCGAGGGUGUAAAGCUGGAGCUAUGCGGGGAAGACAGGGUCGGGUUGUUAUCAGAUGUGACUCGGAUAUUUAGAGAGAACGGGCUUUCGAUCACGAGGGCGGAGGUGACUACGAGAGGAUUGAAGGCAGUUAACACGUUCUACGUGACGGAUUCAUCCGGAGAUCAGGUGAAAAGCGGAAUGAUUGAAGCGGUUCGUGAUGCGAUCGGCAAGAGUGUGCUCACGUGGAAGGAAGACAAUGUGUUGAAGACGGGGAACUCGCAGCCGACGACGAGGUUUUCUUUGAGUGGAUUGUUUCGAUCUAGAUCGGAAAAGUUUUUGUACAACUUGGGAUUAAUUAGUUCUUGUUCCGAAGUAAUCUAAUCAAAAUUCAUUGUGCGUCUAGUGGUAUGUUGUUUGCCC